CCCGGUCAGCUGAAAAUGGAUCGGGGCCCCCCUUUGUAAAGAGAGCGUUUCUUUACAGUGUUGCCAGUUAUACGUAUGGCAUUCAAAAUGCUCCGUCUUGUUAUCUCCUGGCCUUUCAGCAUCCAAGGCAUGGAUGGGGGCCGAGGGGGAGGAGCGGGUUCGCCGAGCCUGCCCCAGCCAGACGUGCACGGUAUGACUCAGAUGACAAUAGCUUCUAUUUCUGUUGAUGCACUCGGGUUAUCAGUCCACUUGUAUCCGAUCCGCUCUCUCUCCCCCCUUUGUCUUCAUCCAACACACUCACUUGCUCCUGCAAAAUCAUGGCCGACAGAACCGGCCGGGUCAGUGUCAAGCGAAAGGAAAAGAAGGCGGAAGGCAAAACCAAUGACGAGAAGGACAAAGAAAAGGCCAAAUGCGGGAAAAAGCAGGACAAAGUUGUCAAAAAGCCGGAGACAACCCCUGAGCCGUGCGCGGUGGCUGAGGACAAGAAGAACGGGGAAGCUGCCGGGGCAGCGGGCGUGCAGGUGAAGAAAAGUGAUGGAAAUGCCGAGUUCGAGCCCAUUGAACUGCCGCCGUUUGAGAUCGUCACAGGAACGCAGAUGAGCCCGUUCUACUUCAAGUUUCAGUUCAGGAACGUGGAGUACUCGUCCGGCAGGAACAAGACCCUGCUCUGCUACCGAGUGGACACGCCAGGGGGCAGCACAGAGCCUUUGAAAGGCUACCUGGAGGAUGAACAUGCCACAGCUCAUGCUGAAGAGGCUUUCUUUCAGCAAGUGCUCCCUGACAGUAACCCCUCCCAGGAAUACGACGUCACAUGGUACGUGACAUCCAGUCCCUGUGUGGCCUGCACAGCCAAGCUGGCCAACAUCCUCCGACAACGCAAGAAGCUCCGUCUCUGUGUAUUCUGCUCUCGCCUCUUUGAAUGCGAGGAGCCGGAGUUAGUGGAGGGGCUGAAGGCCCUGGUGAGCGCUGGAUGCAAACUGAGGAUGAUGAAGCCCUCUGACUUCCAGCAUGUUUGGGAGACCUACGUGGAGAAGGGGGACCAGAGCUUUACACCCUGGGAGGACUGUCAGGAGAACUACAACUACUAUGUGGAGAAACUGGCUGAUAUCCUCAAGUAGAAGUGUGGACAGAAUUUCUCCUCCAGUGGAAUAUUUUGAACAUUUUGGGGUGAUGAUUUCAUUGGGAGACAAAGUUUUACUUCAAGUGUAUUUCUUUUUUAUUUUUAUUUUAUUGUAGCUUUAUUCAUCACAUUUUAUUCAACAAGUCACAUUAGACAGACAGAGAACAAACUGGUGUCACAUUCACAUUAAAGGCACAGUUCCUGUCCUUUGACUUUA